AUGGAUGAAGGCCAAGCUACAAACAAAGCUCCAGGGUUCAGUGGUGUGAACUAUGAUUCAUGGAAAAUCAGAAUGGAAGCAUUUUUAAUGUCUCACUCUUAUGAUGUCUGGCAUUCUGCAAUGAAUGGAAUUGUGGUUCUUAAUCCUGAAAAUCCUUCUAAAGCUGAUAAAAUUGCUGUGGCUAAUGAUGGUAAAGCCAAACAUGUCCUUUACUGUGCUUUAGAUACUGUCAUUAAAGAAAACAAGAUUCAGCUCUAUAAUCAAUAUGAAGCUUGUAAGAUAGAGGAAAGGGAAACUGUAGCUGAGUAUUUGUUUAGGAUCAAUGAUAUUGUCAACAAUAUGAAAUCCCUUAGUAAAGACAUUAAGGUCUCAGAUGUUUGCAAGAAAAUUCUCAGGUCUCUUACACCUAGAUUCAAUGCAAAGGUUAGAAUCCUUGAGGAUAAAGACUUAUCUCAAAUGAAGAUUGAUGAUCUACAAGCCUCUCUUACAGCCUAUGAGAUGAGAAUUGGAACUCCUACUCUUCAAAGAAAAGAAGCUACACUUAAAGUCAAAGAAGUUACUGAAGAAUCUGAUCCAAAGUCUGAGGAAGAUGAUCUUAAAGAGGAUGAAGUUGCCUAUCUAUCAAAGAAGUUCAAGAAAUUCAGAUUUAAGAAGAGAAGUCAAUCUCAAAAUCUAACUUGUUAUGGAUGUGGCAAGCCUAGCUAUUAUGUCUCAAGUUGUCUAACUUCAAAAGGACAAAAUCAGAGGAAGAAAGAAGGGGGAAACUUUAAGGGAAGAUUUGGAAGAAAGGCCUUCUUCACAGAUUGGGAUUCUGUUUCUGAAGAAGACAAACCUGAGGAAUCAAAAGAAGAUGAGUGUUUGUUUAUGGCUACUCUUGAAACACCACAGAAAGUAGCUGAAGUUGAAGAAGACAAUGAAGACAGUGACUCAAAGAUUGAAGAAAUUCUUGAAGAAUGUGAGAGACUUGCUGUGAAGUGCAAUUAA